AUGGUAAAGAAAAAAGACAGGAUGACGAGAGGAAGAAGGUCUGCUCUGGCCAUUCAACAAGCAAGAAUCAGCGACCUGACUGUGGCCAAAACGACAUCGGAAGGUUUUUAUUUCCCGUUAUUAGGAAAAAACGAACCUUCGAGCGAUCCGCUCAUCAUCCAAGCCACUGUAUUUAAUGUUGACGUCCAAAGGGUGUAUCUGGACGGGGGGAGUGAAUGUGACGUUAUCUUCGAACACUGCUUCCUCAAAAUGCCAGAAUCCAUACGAGCCCGAAGGACGGAUUCCCGGGGACCAUUGGUAGGUUUUUCCGGGGAACAUGCAUGGCCAUUGGGAGAAGUCGACCUAGACGUGACCAUCACAGAUGGGAUACACGAGCGAACGGAGACGCUUGAUCUCUCGAUAGUACGAUCUCCAUCCCCCUACAAUAUAAUUUUGGGAAGACCCGCGAUGCAAAGGAUGAAAAUGGUCCCUUCUGUCAUCCAUAGGGUCAUUAAAUUCCAAUCUGAAAAAGGGAUAGGAUCGAUUCACUCCUCUUAUGAGCCAAUAAAACAGAUCAAUGAUGUGAAAAGGGUAGAUGACGACGUCCCACCUACCCCCAUGAAAACGCAGGAAGAAGAGGACGCAACAAAGUUGGCCAAUGUAGAUGUCUUUGCAUGGGACUAUUCAGAUAUGACGGGGGUUCCAAGAACCCUGACAUUGGAAGGAAAACCCUUCGUCACGGAGCAUCGUCUGAAGGAGCACAAGCAUAUAAAGCGUGUUCACCAGAAGAAACGCAGCCUUUCCGGUGAAAGAGAUGAGGCAGCCAGGAAGGAGGUGGACGAACUACUCAAAGCAGGGAUAAUAAGGAAGUCAGUCUACCCUAUUUGGAUCGCUAACCCAGUAAUGGUCAAGAAAGGAGAUGGAGGGUGA